AUGAAGAAUCUGUUCAAGAAGCGUACGCAGCAGCAGAAUCAGCAAUCUACAGACAAUAAGGAGGAGAUUGAGCAGCACCAGCAUCACAUCGCUUCUGCAGUUAGAGCAGCUCUCAUUCCGCCGAAACGAGGAUCCCUAUACAACAAUCUGGGUGGAAUGAAUAGCGAUACGAGUCCAAUAAUCCCAGUCGAUCAAUCAAAUAAGAACAGCAGCAAUGAGAAUGUUAAUGUUUCCUCAAAGGCCGAUAAGCACGCUUCCAAUUUUAGUUCACAGCCUUCCAAUAGCCCUAGGAUCAGCGAUGUUGAGCAUCACGAGCAGCACCACGAGCAGCACAGCGAUACUGAGGUGCCCCACGGUGUCCCACAUACCGAUCACCCGCCAAACUACAGCGAAGAGCUCGAGUCGGAGCAGCCACAGCCACAGAAUAACCAAGAAAGCAUCCGUGAACAACCCUUGUCACCUGAAAAUGAUGUUUUGGCUCCCCCAGAUUUAUCCACUUUCUCGCCUAUACCAAGAGUUUCCACGCCUAAAGGUCUCAGUCUUCCCACUUUCUCUCCCUUCAAUCCUUUAGCGCAGCCUCCACCGCCGAUUCGUGAUCAGUUCAUCAGUCACGCGACUCCUCCAACUUCGCCAAGAGACGUCCGUAGAGCUGCUCGGCAACUCCCCACGCUCGCCCGUGGCUCAGCUGAUCCUUCAAAGCCCCCUUCAUCUACUGUGCAAGCUUCGCAGAGCCACGAGAACGCCGAAACUGCCGAAGCUUCCGAACUUGAGGAUAUCGACAGUGAAGAUAGCUUUGAGGAUGACGACGGCGAAGACGAGCAAGUAGAACAAUAUAGGCGACCAAGUGCUCCACAUGCACCAACGACCGAUUACUUUAGCCUGCCGCCUUCAAAUGCUCUCGUGCCCCCACAAACACCUCGUGCCAUUCCAAUAUCCCCAGGUGCCAAUGGCACUCCAGGAAAAUCAUCCUCCGUGCUGCCACCAAAGUUGAAUCAGCGAACUGCAUCCUCAGUCACCGUUCAGCAGAGAUCAAGGCAAAACACUCAAAGUACUCUAGACGAUGCUCGCCCAUCAGAGGACUCUGCCAAAGAAGGCUCACGGUCACCAGAGGCAUUGCGAAGAUUAACGAGUUCAAUCAUGCUGACCAGCGUCGACUCGUCUCCACCACCACCGCAACCAAAGCAACCUUUACAACCUACACAACCCACCCAAACUAGUAUACCAAACCGGACAACGUCUCACAAAGACGUCACUCAACUUAACAAGGAUGUUAUUGAUGAAGCUCCAUCGCUCGCAGUAGCAAGUACCAAAACCUGCGGCAGGCAAAUGUCUCGGUCACUUACAGACCUAUCCUCCUUUCAAUCGCCUCAAGUGAUCGAGGGAUUAGGAGUAGGGCUGAACUCUCCGCUGAAUGGCGAGAAAGACAUUACUCUCAAAGGAAAGGAAAGAGCCCAAGUACCAUCCAGUCCAGUUGUUGAGGUCGACGAUUUGGUUCAGAGUAGUUCAAGUACGCGCGAGAUUGGCGUCGGUACUAGCCCACCAACGUCACCUGCAACAGCACACUCGGCUCAGAUGGAGCAAGAGCGUCGUAAUUGGAAGGAGAUAUUCAAUAGCACGCCACUCAGUCCACCUCCCCCAAUUACACCGUUGCCCGCCCAUGGAACACCUAACGCAGCCAAGAGGAGAUUGUCGCUUCCAAAUAUGAUGGUGGCACCUCCACAGUACGACGAGGUUGCAUUACGUGAGACAAUUUUUGGUGGAAUAAGGAGGAUAAUAAGACCUCGCGAGGAAGAGGGCAGAGAGAAGCUACCGAAAUAUAAGUGUGGUAUACAUAUUGAAGGACUAAUGCCACGCAAGAUGGAGUUUACGUCACCUGGCAACCAAGCGAGAGACAGGACAUGGAGGAGAGUCUACGUGGUAUUACAUGGUACGGUAUUGAAAAUAUACAAAGCAGACAAAUGGGAUCACGGUCGUGCACUGCUUUCUUCAGAAAUUAACGAUCUUAAUGAAGCAGAUGUUGAAAGUGCUUAUGUACAUGAACCACCUCCGGCAGAUGCCCCUAUUCCUCCAGUACCUGCGCUACCACAACUUCUUGCGCAAAGACCAUCAUUCCAAAAUCAUAUAAAUGCACCUGCGAAUAACGUCAAGUAUGCACCAACUUUACUGCGGAAAUAUUCGUUACAAAAUGCCGAAAGCGGCCUUGCAGCAGACUAUGUCAAGCGACGGAAUGUUAUUAGAGUUCGUUUGCUGUCUGACAAGGGUGUCAAGGAGCAAUUUCUUAUACAGGCAUACGACCAGUCAUCAGUGAUAGACUGGAUUGAGGCACUACAAGCAUCUACCAAUGUAUCAGUAGAUUUGGACCAUCGUCCAAUGCCGAAGCUCACUACACUGCCAAGACGGAGAAGAAGGAGGAGAGUGAGACAGGAAGACCUUUCUAGCGCAAACACAGAUGCUAUGGAAAUAGCCCAAACUGAAGCAGCUAUACAAGCCUCUAUGAGACAUAGCAAUCAAAUAUCGGACGACGUGUCUACACGUUCAGGAGGCGUUCGAGCCAAUUUACGGAACAGCAUACGUAGAAAUGCUUCUCAUUUGAGGAGUUCAACGUCUGUAAAUAAUCUUUAA